GUGUUAGAAAAAUCGGGAAAGCGUCGUUCGUCGGUCUUGUGCUGUCGCGUGUGUGUGUUUAUAAAUUAAAUGAAAGCCAGUUGUAAAAUAUAUCUUGAAAUAUGUGUGUGCUUAAUAUUAUUAAAUAAAAGUGUGUAAUCUGCAGUGCUUAUAUACAACAGCAAACACAAAAAAACACGAAUCGUGUGUACAAGUGAGUGCCAAUUGCAAGACAAAAUGGCUGCAUUUCGACGCAUUUAAUGCGCGCACUGCAACAACAAGCACAACAGCAGCAACAACAACAAAACCAAUAACAACGACAAAGCAUAACAUACACAAAGCAAACGUCAAACACAACAACAGCCAACAACGGGAAACAUAGACGUAGCAGCAAGAACAACAAAAACUGCUGAGUAACUUCGAGUUCUAAGAUUCGUCACGUUGGAGCCCAUUCGCAUAUAAUGUCAUCAACAUGUGGAUUAAAAAUGGUUUUCAUGUCGAUCAUUUUCAUCAUCAUCGUAAAUGGUUACGCAAAAGAUAUUUCCGGAGUUGAAAGAGGUCGCGAAAGACUCAACGAAUACAUAUCCCACUUUGAAAAACUCAACUAUGAUCUGCAGAACGUUAGAGCUAGUCACAAUAGAGCGCGACGAUCAGUGACCAAAGAUCAUUAUGUAUAUUUAAAAUUUGGAGCACAUGGAAGAGACUUCCAUCUUAGAUUAAAACGUGAUUUAAAUACUUUUAGCGAUAAGUUAGAGUUUUAUGAUAACAAUGGCCCCAUUGAUGUCUCUACGGAUCACAUCUACGAGGGCGAAGUGAUAGGGGAUCGUAAAAGUUAUGUAUUUGGUUCCAUACACAAUGGGGUAUUCGAGGGUAAAAUUAUAACGGAACGUGAUGCCUAUUAUGUUGAACAUGCCAAACAUUAUUUUCCCACAAAUCGUACGACGACGACGACGCCGAGAAGCACAAAAUUCGCGCCGACGACGGAGUCCACAGCUCCAAUCAGCAACACCACCACAACCACAACCACCACCACUACCAUUAGUAGCACAAACACACAAGCACGGCCCUGGGCCCUACGUAGCAGCCACAGCAACAACAACAACUACUACAACAACAGAACUGCCGUUGAUAAUAAGACGAAAAAUGUCAUAAACAAAAAAGCUGAAGCUGAAAUCACAGCAACAUCGUCAACAUUGCCAAGUCCUCAGCGUCGGAAAAUGUCUGAGUCCAUAGCGUCAACGCCAGCACCAACUGAACUGACUGAACAAGAAAAGCAGAAAGAAGAAGACAAACUUAAUUUUCACUCCAUUAUCUAUAAAGAGUCACAUGUCGAGGAUGCCUACGAGAAUGUGCGUGAAGGUCACGUGGGCGGUUGCGGCAUAACGGAGGAAGUUUCACAAUGGAUGGAGAACAUACAAAAUUCAGCGGUUGAAGAGCUGCCCGAGCCCAUGUCAAAGGAUGUGCAGAAGCUGCAACGGAAGCAGCAGCAUAAAAAAUCAGCCCCAUCGCCGCAGCAGCCGCCAAAGAAAUACAGCAACGGCGAUGAUGACUUCAAAUUUCCCCAUCAGAAGUACACGAAGGAGGCGAACUUUGCCGAUGGUGCAUUCUAUGAUCCCAGCACCGGUCGCCGUUUGGGCAACACAGCCAAUAUCGCCGACUGGCAUGAGCUGGUUCAUGAGCGAGUGAGACGCGCCAGUCUUGGUAAUGGCGGCAACUCCGGCCAAGGCGGCGGUGGCGGCAGCGGCGGCUCAGGCGGCACAUCGGGCUCUGGACGUGGACGCGAGGAUAAUAAGAAUACCUGCUCGCUGUAUAUACAAACGGAUCCAUUGAUUUGGCGGCAUAUACGCGAGGGCAUUGCCGAUCACGAUCGCGGUCACAGGAGCGAGGUGGAUGAAAAAACACGCGAGGAAAUCACAUCCCUGAUUGCCCAUCAUGUGACGGCCGUUAAUUACAUUUACCGCAACACAAUAUUCGAUGGACGCAGUGUGCAUCGCAACAUUCGCUUUGAGGUGCAACGCAUCAAAAUUGACGAUGACUCUGCCUGUCGCACCUCGUACAAUGGCCCCCACAAUGCCUUCUGCAACGAGCACAUGGAUGUGUCCAACUUCCUGAACUUGCACUCUUUGGAGGAUCACUCAGACUUCUGUCUAGCCUAUGUGUUCACAUACAGAGACUUCACGGGCGGCACUCUGGGCCUGGCCUGGGUAGCCAGCGCUUCAGGUGCGUCUGGCGGUAUUUGUGAAAAGUACAAAACCUAUACAGAGACUGUGGGUGGACAGUAUCAGAGCACAAAGCGGUCGCUCAAUACCGGCAUCAUUACGUUUGUCAACUAUAAUAGUCGAGUGCCGCCAAAGGUUUCGCAGCUAACGCUGGCACAUGAGAUUGGUCAUAAUUUUGGAUCACCGCACGACUACCCGCAGGAGUGCCGUCCAGGGGGCCUCAAUGGCAACUACAUUAUGUUCGCCAGCGCCACUUCGGGUGAUAGACCCAAUAAUUCCAAGUUCUCACCUUGCUCCAUACGAAACAUUUCCAAUGUGCUGGAUGUCUUGGUGGGUAAUAGCAAGCGGGAUUGUUUCAAGGCCUCGGAGGGUGCCUUCUGUGGCAACAAGAUUGUGGAAUCCGGCGAGGAAUGUGACUGCGGCUUCAAUGAUGAGGAAUGCAAGGACAAUUGCUGCUACCCACGUUUGAUCAGCGAAUACGAUCAGUCUAUUAACUCCAGUGCCAAGGGCUGCACACGACGCGCCCAGACACAAUGCUCCCCCUCACAGGGUCCCUGCUGUCUGUCACAAUCCUGCAAGUUUGUUCCCAUGAACAGCCAUCAGAAGUGCAAGGAGGAGACCGAAUGUUCCUGGUCCAGCACCUGCAAUGGCACAACGGCCGAGUGUCCAGAGCCCAAGCAUCGCGAUGACAAGACAAUGUGCAACAAUGGCACAGCCCUCUGCAUACGUGGCGAGUGCAGCGGCUCCCCUUGCCUACUGUGGAACAUGACCAAGUGCUUCCUGUCCUCGGCCAGCCUACCGCAUGUGAACAAACGCAAGUUGUGCGAGCUGGCCUGCCAAUUGGGCAACAACACAUCCACCUGUCGCAGCACCAGCGAAUUCGCCGCCGAAUAUAACAUAAAACCGGGCGGCAUUAGUUUGCAGCCUGGUUCGCCUUGUGAUAAUUUCCAGGGCUAUUGCGAUGUGUUCCUCAAGUGCCGCGCCGUGGAUGCUGAUGGCCCGCUAGUGCGACUUAAGAACUUGCUGUUGAAUCGCGAGACUCUGCUCACAGUUGCCGAAUGGGUUACCGUGAACUGGUAUUUGGUAGUGCUGAUGAGUGUUGGCUUUAUAGUGAUUAUGGGCGCAUUCAUCAAAUGCUGUGCGGUUCAUACGCCCAGCUCUAAUCCCAAGAAACGGCGAGCAAGACGCAUUAGUGAAACACUGCGUGCUCCCAUGAAUACGUUGCGCAGAAUGCAACGACAUCCACACCAGCGUGGCGCUGGACCGCGCAGCAUACCACCGCCAGCGCAUGAGGCGCAACAGUAUCCGCGUGGUGGCGGAGGAGGUGGCGGUGGCCCACCUGGUCGUCAUCAUCCACGCUCCCAUCAUCAUGGUGCACACCCGCACGAAUGGGACCGCCAACAGGGCGGGCACUCGAUUGUCCCGCUGCCCACAGGGGGCAGUCAUGGCAGUCGCGGGGCGGGUCAUCCUUCAACGGCGGCGGCAGCUGCCAAUUCGCGACGCAGCGAUGGACGAGGUGCUCGUCCCAGUAGCAGUGGCAGACCACAAAGCAGCGCCGGACCGCGCUCGGCAGCAGCGCAUGGCGGGUAUGCAGAGCAGGCGGGCGUGGGUGGUAUUGGUGGAGGUGUGCAGGCGGCCAUUAGUAGCGGUGGCGUUGUGGCACGUGCCCAGCUGCCGCUGCCAAUGCCGCCGGCCAGUGCACAACAGCAACAACAACACGCACUCUCACCGCAACAGCAGCAACAACAACAACAACAGCAAGCGUAUUAUGCGCCGAAAGAACUACCACCACGUAAUAAAUCCCGCUCAUCACGUAUGAACAAUGCCAACAACAACACCACAUCCACAACAGCCACAGCCUCUACGGCGGCCAGUAGUAGUAAGAGCGCCAAAAGUGCCAAAACCAAAGACUCAAAACAUCAACAGCAACAACACAAAUCGAAAGACAAACACAGCAGCAGUCGCAGCAGCAGCAAAGAGAAAGCCACGAAACCGCGUCGCAACAUUGUCUAUUAGUUUGGAACGUUUUGGAAUGGAACAACGCACAUGCCAUACAGCACAACACUACAUAGCGAGCUUUUCUAAUCCUCCCCUACGUCUCAUACACAUAUGCCUUCCUAUAAAACAUAUACGAGUAUUUAAAACGAACACAAACUCCCCCCUCAACGAAAAUUGCCACAUAACUUCUUAAACGCAAUUGGCGUCGUGGCGCCGCUACAAGCAAGCUAUAGUCGUCCGACAUCGUUGCAUGAGCAGCAGCAGCAGCAGCAACAACAGCAACAACAACACGCCUAUGCUGAUGCUUAUGCGGCAUUGGGACGCGGACACUAUGAGUCGACAACGCGGGCGCCGAACAACAGCAAGGUUUGACAGCCGAAAGCGUCGGAGCGGCAUAAAAAGCAAAAAACCAAACGACAACAGCAACAACAACAACAGCAACAUAAAAAGCCACAGCCACAACAACAACAACAAAAAUCAA